GUUGAGGUGAAGCAAGGAGAAACAAUUCUAACAUUCAAGAAAGUAAAGAAAGCCCACUCUCUAAACAUACCAAUCCCAAUCAAUAAUACAUAAUAAUCAGACAUAACUCAAGUGUAGUUGCUGCGACGACUCGCGCUUGUUAUCCUUGUUUUACCUGUAAUAAUAUACACACACGUCACAGUUUCAUACAAGAAGACGACAAUUUUGGUGAGAUCUUUACAUUGUUUGCUCUUUUGGGGCGGCUUUGGCUUUGUUAUCCAUGUGAAAGUGGGAGUUUUUCUUAAUGGCUUCCAGAGCGUUAUUGAGAAGGAAAAAAGACAUUUUCUAUUCCCUUAGAGGCCCUACAUGCUUGCUUAGGGGAUCAUCUCGGGUCGUUGAUUCAUUAGAUGUAGAUGUUGGUACCGUUCAUUCUUUCCGGGAUAGUAAAAAUACAAACUAUCGAAGUUCAUCUUCUUUAGCCAAAGAGGAAGUCCUAAUUUUUUCAGCAAAAGGCUUCCUGAGGCGCAUAGCUUCCACAAAUCAAUCUCUGUAUCCCGGAAUUACGGAAAUAGGGUUUAGACUCCCUUUGAGAGGUAGAAGUUUAGCAGAAUCAAUCGUUCAUUUUUCCAGUGCUGGGACUAGUAAACUUGAACCUGAUAGUGGCAAUGAUGAAAAGGCUGAUACACUCAAAAAGGAAGCUUCACCAGAGGAAUGUGAUGAAGCAGUUGAAGGUCUUACUACAGCUAAAGCAAAAGCCAAAGCAAAGCAGCUGCAAGAAUCCAAAAAAGAUACUAGAUCCAUUCUGGAGAAGGUAUGGGCUUUCUUUUUAGGGAUCGGUCCUGCCUUGAGAGCUGUUGCUUCUAUGAGCAGGGAGGACUGGGUUAAGAAGCUCCGCCACUGGAAGGAUGAGUUUAAAUCUGCGUUGCAGCACUACUGGUUGGGUACAAAACUUCUUUGGGCUGAUGUUACCAUAAGUUUAAGAUUAUUACAGAAACUAGCUAAUGGGAAGAACCUUUCUAGAAGGGAGAGACAACAACUCACACGCACAACAGCUGAUAUUUUUAGGCUAGUUCCAUUUGCUGUGUUUAUUAUUGUGCCAUUCAUGGAAUUUUUACUACCAGUGGCUUUGAAACUGUUUCCAAACAUGCUGCCAUCUACUUUCCAGGACAAGAUGAAAGAGCAGGAGGCUUUGAAAAAGAAGUUAAAUGCAAGGAUAGAAUAUGCAAAGUUUCUUCAGGACACAGUGAAAGAGAUGGCAAAGGAAAUUCAGAACUCCCGAAGUGGUGAAGUAAAGAAGACGGCCGAAGAUCUUGAUGAAUUUAUGAACAACGUCAGAAGGGGUACUCGUGUCUCCAAUGAUGAAAUUUUAGGCUUUGCCAAGUUGUUUAAUGAUGAGCUCACUCUGGAUAAUAUCAGCAGGCCUCGGUUGGUAAACAUGUGCAAAUACAUGGGGAUCAGUCCAUAUGGUACUGAUGCCUAUUUACGUUAUAUGCUUCGAAAGAGUCUGCAAAAAAUUAAGAGUGAUGACAAGAUGAUACAAGCAGAGGGCUUGGAUUCCCUUUCUGAGGAGGAGCUGAGGCAAGCUUGUAGAGACAGGGGUUUACUUGGUUUACGUUCAGUUGAUGAAAUGCGUGAGCAGAUGCGUGAUUGGUUAGACUUAUCUCUAAAUCACUCAGUACCAUCCUCCUUGUUAAUUCUUUCCAGAGCUUUCACCGUGUCUGGUAAAUUGAAACCAGAAGAAGCUGUUCAAGCAACAUUGUCCUCGCUGCCAGAUGAGGUGGUGGACACAGUUGGUAUUACAUCUUUGCCAUCUGAAGAUUCUGUUUCAGAAAGGAGAAGAAAAUUGGAGUUCCUAGAAAUGCAAGAAGAAAUGAUCAAGGAGGAGGAAGAGAAAGAGGAGGAGCAAGCGAAAAAGAAGGAAUCUCUUGAGAAGCAGAAAGAUGUAGCUCUGGAAGAAAUGGUCGUGCCAACUGCUCAGGAAGCAGAUAAACUGGCUAAAGCAAAAACUUUGGAUAAACAAGAGCAGCUUUCUGAGCUCAGUCGUGCCUUGGCUGUUUUAGCAUCAGCAUCUUCAGUGAGCAGGGAGCGAGAAGAGUUUCUGAGACUUGUCAAUAAAGAGAUAGAGUUGUACAAUAGAAUGGUUGAGAAGGAAGGUACUGAAACUGAAGAAGCAGCCAAGAAGGCAUACAGAGCUGCUAGAGAGGAGAGCAAUGACACUGAAGAGAAAACUGUUGAUGCUAAAGUCUCUUCAGCACUCAUAAAUAGGGUUGAUGCUAUGCUCCAGAAACUUGAGAAAGAGAUUGAUGAUGUUGAUGCUAAGAUUGGUGAUCGGUGGCGGUUACUUGAUAGAGAUUAUGACGGCAUAGUCAGUCCAGAGGAGUUGGCUUCUGCAGCAAUGUACUUAAAGGACACCUUGGACAAGGAAGGCAUUCAAGAACUCAUAAGCAACCUUUCCAAAGAUGCAGAUGGAAAGAUUCGUGUUGAAGACAUUUUAAAAUUGGCCAGUCAAUCGAAAGAAGAGGAUGAAACAGGCAAUGAGGCAGGAAAGGAUUAGCAGAUACAUUUCUGUUUGCCAAAUCUGGACGAAAAUAAAGAAACGUAUAGAUAGGUGAAAAUUUUAAAAGCAUAUAGGGUAUACUUUUUACUGCUGAAAUUUUAUUCCAGAGUCAUCAACUUAUACAAAUAAAAGGGGUCUACAAGGGUCUAUAAUCUAUAUAGUCUCCUCCCUUCUGCGGUGAGCAGAUGCAGGUAUAGGUGGUUGUUUAUGUAGCCAUUCAUACACAGUUACACACUAGUUCUGUUUAAACGGAAGUAUA